CUAAUUUAUUGCGGGUUAGUUAUUCGUCAGCACGGGUUUAGCUUACGAUGUAUUUGGAAGCCCUCGUCCAAACGAGUAUUUUACAGAAAGCCGACUAGGAAUUCCAUUAAUAAAGAGAAAAGCACCAACCAUAGUAGUAGUACUGAUUGUUUAAAAAAAGGGGAAGUAUUAGCCGGUAGGGUUUUGGGGAUUUUCCAAUUGAAUUGGAUCGUCAUCGGCACAGUUGCUUCCACUCUACUAACACGGCUAGUAUGCUGCAAACACUCAGAUUAUGCUAUUCGCAAUCUUGCAGCAUAGUUGCUGUUUCCAGAAUCACAUUCUUUGUUCAAAAUCCGAUACUCCGCAGACACUUGAGCUCGGAAAUCUCAGAAAUCCAUCCCAAUUUCACAAUCAAUUACCUCAUAAACUCAUGUGGGUUGUCCCCAAAAGGUGCGAUUUCAGCAUCCAAGUGGUUCGAGUUGCAAUCCCCAGAAAGAGCAGACUGCGUCUUGUCCCUCCUCAGAAGCCAUGGAUUCUCCGAAACCCAGAUCUCCAAGAUCGUCAGGUCAUGCACACAACUUCUUAACUCCAAUCCGGAGAAAACCCUUUUGCCAAAGCUUGAGUUUUUCAGGUCGAAUGGGGUUUCAAGGGAGGGCCUUGGAAAACUUCUGGCAAAUUAUCCGCGGAUUUUGAGUGUGAGCUUGGAGAAACAGAUUGUACCCACUUACAACUUCCUUAGGAGUAUGAUUUCUGAGAAAAAUGCCGUUUCGGUUUUGAGCCGGGGCUCAUGGUUUAUCUAUUCCAAGAAUUUGGUGCCAAAUCUUGAGAUGUUGAGAGAAUCAGGUAUGCCCCCAUCCUGCAUUUCUCUGUUGCUUGCUCGUCAACCCACUGCUUUUGCGCUGACGCCUAAACUGCUUGGUGAGGUUGUGGAUAGGGUUGAGCAAAUGGGUUUUAAUAUGCAAACAUCAACUUUUGUGCAUGCAAUGUGUGUAUUAUUAUUGCGCUUUAACGAUAGUAACUUGGUAUGGAAUCGAAAUUGCGAAGUUUAUAAGAGGUGGGGUUGGUCUGAGGAUGAUGUUCUCUCUGCUUUCAGACGGUACCCGUUCUGUAUGAAUAAGUCGGAGACAAAAAUAGCGUCGGUAAUGGAUUUUUUAGUGAACAAGAUGGGAUGGCCGCAGAGAUCAAUUGUCAAAUACCCGACUGUCAUGAGUCUCAGUUUGGAGAGUAGAAUUAUACCAAGGUGUUCGGUCGUGAAAGUUUUGGUGUUGAAAGGAUUGAUAAAGGAAAUUGAAAAUGUGAGUUUGAGUUCGUUAUUGGCACCUACGGAGAACUGCUUCUUGGAUAAGUUUGUGUUCAGAUAUAUAGAUGAAGUACCUCAAUUGUUAAGCGUGUAUAAAGGGAAAGUGGAAGCCCAGGAUGUUUGAUGUUGGUAGGAGAUGCAGUGCUGGUCAUUGUCAAUGGUAGCAGCUAGCUUUUGGCCCAGUUUUUAUAUUGCAAGGUUAAAAAGGUGAUUGAUGGCCGCGUAAAUGUUGUGCCACUUCCACUUGAAGACUGAAUGGAGAUCAAGGGAGAUCGAAUGGCAAAGGCGUGGAGACAGAACUGCGUGCUAGUUGAGUUUCUAGUAAGAUACUAAUUGUUGUGAUAGUCGGACACAAGCUUGAGCCGCUACAAUUGAUGCAAUAGUCGGGAAGCAAGCGCUGGUCCUAGCCGGGCAUCAUCCUUUUUGAAUUGAUUGUUGGACACGAGUUGUAAAAUAUCGAAUCCAAAAUAAAGAAUCAUCAACCAAAAAUUCAAGAA